GCUCGUCUCGCUCGACUUGCACAAAUUAUUUCCCAUCAUGGACGUAAACAUGGACGAAGAGGGCAUUCUUGCUGGAGGUGAAGCAAAUACUUCAUCAACGAUUUUACAUAAUAAUGAAGGCCAAGGUUCAUGGAGGAUCAAGAGCAGAAUGAGUCAAACAACAAUUCUCAAAAGAAAAAUGUCAGAAAGCCCACUACUUUGAAGGCUUUGCUUCGUAAUCGUGCAUCUAAUCAAAAAUUUCCUAUCCAAUUUAAUAAUAGACUGAGACCAAAAGGCCCAAAUAAGAAUGCAUUUAUCAGUUUUGUGGCCCUUGAAGGAAGGCAGAGAGCGAGUAUACUUAUACCUCAAUGGGAAGAUGUUGAAGAGGGAGUUAAAAAUCAAAUUUGGGAGGCUAUCCGGGUUGUUAUUUUUUUCAUAAUAACUUUGAUUUACACUGAUUAAUAAAAAUAUAGUUGGGAUUCUGCCUAGCUAUAUUUAGGCUUCUACACAAGUAUAUUUAGGCUUCUGCUCUAAUAUCUAUGUAGCUCACCUUUGAAGUCCCCAACACUCCAUCAAUGAGAA